AUGGCAUCUUCUUCGCGAUUCCCAAUCAUAUUCUUGAAUGUACUUCUCUCCAAGAUCUCGCCUCAUUCUGAUCAGAUUUCUCUCUCUUCUGGGCAUCCUAGGUUUCUCUUUCUUCCUCCUUUCAAUCUCCAUGGAUGUACAAGUCAGUCAGCAGCCAAAGAAAGACGUGUAUUCGGUGUGGGCCCUUCCGCCGGAACAUGUGUCGGAGAGGGUCAAGAAAUUGAUGGUUGCUCUCCGAUCGGAGUUCAGUGGGCCGGAGUUCGAGCCCCACGUGACUGUCGUCGGAGCCAUCAGGUUGACGGAGGAUGACGCACGUGACAAGCUCAACAAGGCUUCUGAGGGUUUGAAGGCGUAUAAUGCCACCGUCGAGAAAGUGGCUACCGGAACUUUCUUUUAUCAGUGUGUGUUUUUGUUGCUUCAUCCGACCACUGAGGUCAUGGAAACUGGUGCACACUGCUGGGCUCAUUUUGGUUACAAAAGUCCGACUCCUUAUAUGCCACAUCUAAGCAUCCUUUAUGCAGACUUAACUGAAGAAGAAAAGAAAAGAGCUCAAGAGAAAGCCAAUGCUCUUGAUGAAAGUAUUGAAAGUCUAAGCUUUCCGAUAACCCGUCUUGCUUUGUACAAAACCGACACAGAAGACAAGACCCUAAAAUCCUGGGAGAAGGUGGCUGAAGUCACACUCCAAAAUAACUAGUUAUCAUGUUUGUGAUGUAUACCUUAAUUGUAUGUACUCUUCUAAUCCGUUUCCUUUGAAUGAUUGUUAAUUCCACAUUUCCGCUUCCACAAACUUUGUAGCUUUUAUACUUGAUUCUUGCAUUCUAUCAGCAAUUUCCUGAA